GCCUACUGUGGAUAGAGACGGAACAGGGACACAUCUGGUCCGCUGCAACUGAUUCUGGAGAGACAAACACCAACCUUUUACACAAAGCUAACUUGGGUUCUCCUGCUGUCCCCUGCAGAUUGACGAGGGAUGUGUCUACCUGGCCGGCGCGGCAGCAAGGUCAAUCUCUGAGUGUGCACAGAGGGACGCAUCUCCCGGACAGUGUUGACUCUCCUGGUGUUCGCAGUUGUUGUGGACUCCACCUGCACCCACCUCUCGCUCUGACGUCUCUGAAUACCAACAAGGAGGAAGACACAGAAAGGCAGGCGGGCCGGCAUUAUGUUGGAGGAAUUCUGUACCAGCAACACAGACGGGACAGAGGCGGGUGCCGAUAAGAUAGAUCAUGGGAUUGUAAGGCCCAGGAGCCCACAUGGGACCCAGCGGAGAGUUAAAGUACAACUACACUCUAAUGACACAGAUGCACCACCUCCGCCAUUCCAACCGGAUAAACACUCCAGCAAUGACUGCCGUUCAGUGGAGUCUCUGGAUUCUGGAUCGAGACAAAGAGUGUGUGUGACUGUGCGGCCUACCAGUAAACCUUCAGGCUGCUGCUGUGGCGCAAGCCGCAGAAAGGGCCUUGGGCCUUGUGUACUGUGCUGCAGCCAAAGUAAACCGAUCACAGACGUCUGCAAUGACUCUGACAGUAACACUCCAGUCCAGAGAGCAGGGAUCGCACCUCAGACGUACACAGCGGAUAAAACAGGAUAUGUUACACAGAGCAUUGUGGGUACUGUAGUACAUCAUGGUACAGAUGUACGUAGGAGUGUCAAGGAGUUGGAGUCGCAGGAGUUGUCUCCUCUGUGCAAUGCAAGGACACUACCAGGUGAGGGCAAGAACUGGUUUCAGAGCUUGCUCUACUCUGGUACCUCCUUAGGUGAUAGAGGCAAGGAGGCUGUAGGGGUCAAAGUGUCAGGCUCAGCAUCCUCUGUCCCAUGUCCCCCCGCAAGAGUCGCUACGGGCAGCUUCGCCUUCUGUCUCGUAGAGGAGAUGACGUCAUCAACAGUCGCUGACACCAGCUGUGCCCAUGGACUCAGAGAUGGGCACAUCAGCCCAGGGGGCAAGGCCAAAACGCAAAGGUGCUCUACACUGGCACUCCUUCCCACCAGCCCUCCCAAAAGCCCCACAGCUUUGAAGAUGGCCUCAGACAAUGGGUUAGGAUUUUACUGCGAGACUGAGGAUAGCUUUGUAUAUAAUAAGAGGGAGCGUUCGACGGUCCUGGUCCGUAGGUUCUUGAGGGAUAACCAGAGGGUGAAGAAGUCUGUGUGUACAGGGACUAGGGCAAUCAUCAGGACAUUACCCUCGUGGAGGAUCAGUGAGGAAGCGUGGGAAGCUGUCUGUAGAAGGGACCGUUUCUCUGGGCCUAGUGAAUACAGUCGCUUGAGUGGAUACAGUUCAACCUCUCACAGUCUACAUCUGCAAGCAUGCAAACCUCACCUUGGAAAAAAAGGAGACAUGUUUUUUCAGGCAUGCCAUGCUCUGAGUGCUGAAGUAAGGGUGGCCAGAUCCGGAGAGCUACUCCUUUCUUCCAGGAAGCUGCUGUCGUCUGCCGAGAGGAGGGAUCUGUGUCGUAGGAGGGCCACAUUGCCAUGGCCAGGAGGAGGAGGGGCGUCUAGCUACCGAGCAACCCUACAGAGGACUGACGUUUCUGCCUACAUUUCAGGGACCCUCCUGGAAGUGGUUCUGUCCAUCGGCAACAGGGGAGACAACGACUCUCCUCCCUGUAUCACCACAAGUCCAUUGGGCUGGGCUGUCCUGAAAGAGCGCCAGCUGCACUCCCCCAUGGCGGGGUCCAGUGUGGUGCCGGCAGCUCCGCUGACAGAGGUCAACAAGGAGCUGUCUGACCUCUGUCCCCUGGUCAGUUUCCCGGAGGAGAUGGCCUACGUCCUCAUGGAGCAGGAGCUGCAUCUAUACAGCCGGAUCUUACCCCUGGACUACCUCUGUUUCCUCACCCUCGACCUGGGGGGCCCUGAUCAGCCACAGCCCCAGGGGCAGGCACACCAACCUGGACAACCCCAUCUUAUGGCUGGCUGCAGACGGCCCCACAAUGCUGUAGAGGACCUGGUCACAAGAUUCAAUGAGGUGAGCUCCUGGGUGACGUGGAUGAUUAUGACAGCCGGUUCUAUGGAGGAGAAGAGAGAGGUGUUCUCAUGUCUGGUCCAUGUGGCCAGGUGCUGUUGGAACAUGGGAAACUAUAACACCGUCAUGGAGUUCCUGGCUGGACUCAGGUCUCGCAAGGUGCUUAAGAUGUGGCAGUUCAUGGAGCAGUCGAACAUCGAGACCAUGCGUGCUCUGAAGGAUGCUAUGGCACACCAUGAGACGUCUGCAGAGUACAGGAAGGUGGUCUCGCGUGCCCUCCACAUCCCGGGCUGCAGGGUAGUGCCCUUCUGUGGGGUCUUUCUGAGAGAGCUAGGGGAGGCCCUGGAUGGAGCAGCUAGCCUGAUCAGCCUCAGACCACGCCUCAGCUCACAGGACUCUGUGGAGUUUCUCUCUGACUACAACGGACAGGACAACUUCUUGCAACGGGCGGGGCCAGAUGGGCUUAACCAACAAGAGAAGGAAGGAACUGUCAAUAACAUCCUACAGACCAUCCGUAGCUGCAACCGCAGUAUGGAGUCUGAGGAUGGGGAGGAAUCCGGAGGGGCUGGUGAUGGGAGCAUCCCUGGUUCACGUAAAAACUCCUUCAUGGAAGGCUACCGCAACCAGUUCACCGUGGGCGAUCUCUCCGACUCUGCGGGUGACCCAUCUGACCUAUCACAGGGCAAAGACCCAGACCUCCAGGGUAGUGGUGAGAGGACUCAGAAGGCAUUUGCCCAUGGUACGGAGCUGAUCCCCUGGUACAUCCUUACCCUCCACCCCCACGUGCAGCACUUCCUCCAGCAGGGCGCUACUGUGAUCCAUUACGAUCAGGACUCCCACCUCACCGCCCGCUGCCUGCUCAGACUCCAACCUGACAAUUGUGUCCUCACUUGGGCCAAGCUCCACAGUGGCGGUGGGGGCCUCCCUGGUUCUAGCUCUGUCCCUGACUCAUCCAAGCUUCGGAGCCCCACUGGGUCAGGGGCUGGUGGUCAGACCCUCCCCCACUACAGGCCUCAGUACUGCGGGCAGUCCAUACUGAAAGGCCUGGCGGAUGGAUUCCUGGAUCUCUCCGUGGCUAAAGCUGUCUUCAUGGGCCAUCCAGGGGCUGACAUUCAGGCGGUAUGCCUGCAGAACAAGCUCUCAUGUGGGUUGAGCCUGGAGGAGUGUGGGGUGACUCUGCUCUAUGGGCUCCACACAACAGACAAUAGGUUAUUACACUUUGUGGCCCCCAGAAACACAGCUAGGAUGGUGUAUUCUGGGCUGCAGGCCCUGUUAGCUGCUCACAGGAGGAUGAGGAGGUUCCCUGAUCAAAGGCUGCAGUGGCUCCGUAGGAAGUACAUCAACCUCUAUCAGGAGGAUGGCAGGUACGAGGGUCCGACACUAGCCCAGGCCAUCGAGCUGUUUGGAGGCAGGAGAUGGAGUGUGGGUGCUGGUAGCAUGGAGAAGUCUGGAGCUCAGAAGAGCAGCCAUCUCACUGUGACCUCCAAUCAGAAGACUGGUAGCUCUAAUAAAAAGAAAAAGAAGGCUAUGACUAGGGGGGACAGUGGGGAUGCCACAGAUGAUGAGAUGGUGUCACAUAAGGUGAAGAGUGGUUGGGAUAUCUUAGUACGGAGUGCACCGGACCCAACAGACAACAUGGACCAAGAACAAGAUGACAACAGCUCCUAUGGUUUCCCAGGGCCUCUCUCCCCCUCCAGCAGUAGAUCCAUGGUCAUUAGCACAUCUUCCUCCUCCAUCUCCUCCUCAUCCUCAGCCUCCAAUCAGAAGGCUCAACCGGGUAAUAGGCCCAAUCAGACACUACCUUGCCGGGGUAAGAGCCAAUCAAAGAGCUUCCAGAACCUCAUGGUAUCAGAUGGCACCAUGAGCUUUACUGAGUUUAUUGAGCUCUUUAAGUCCUUCAGUAUCCGGAGUCGUAAGGACCUGAAAGAUGUGUUUGAUGCCCAUGCUGUGCCCUGUGGUCAGUCUGCCUCUGAGCCUGCUCCUCUCUACACUCACCUCAGCAUCGACGACACAGUCACAGAACUGCAGCCAGACCUGGACCUUCUGACACGUAACAGCCUGGAUCUUGGCCUUUCCAUCCGGAUCAAGCGACACAUGUCAGACAAUCAGAAGCAUAUUUCAGACGCCAUAGCUGCAGCCAGCAUCGUGACCAACAGUACUGGUGUGGAGAGUGUCUCGCUGGGAGCUCUGGGCAUGACCAUCAUGCACCUCAAUGACUUCCUGGUCAACUGUCAGGGAGAGAACCACUCGCAUGAUGAAGUCCUAAGAAUUAUCCAGAAAUUUGAACCGUCUGCCAGUUUGCGUCAGAUUGGCUGGAUGUCCUUUGAGGGAUUUGCACGGUAUCUGAUGGACAAGGACAACUCUGCUUCCAAACUGGAGGAGUCUCAGCUGAAUGUGUUAGAGCUCCAAUACCCUCUGUCUUACUACUACAUCGCUACAUCACACAACACCUACCUGACUGCCCACCAACUCAAGGGAGAGUCAUCUGUGGAGCUGUACAGCCAGGUGCUCCUGCAGGGAUGCAGGAGUGUUGAAUUGGACUGUUGGGAUGGAGACGAUGGCAUACCAAUCAUCUAUCAUGGACACACCCUCACUACCCGCAUACCCUUCAAGGAUGUGGUGGAAGCAGUGAACCGAUCAGCCUUUGUGACCUCUGACCUGCCUGUGAUGCUGUCCAUAGAGAAUCACUGCUCCCUGCCGCAGCAACGCAAGAUGGCCAACAUCUUCAAGACUGUGUUUGGGGAUAAGCUGGUGACAAAGUUCCUGUUUGAGAGUGAUUUCUCAGACGACCCGCUGUUGCCAUCACCAUGGCAACUGAGGGGGAAAAUCCUCCUCAAGAACAAGAAGCUGAAAGCUCACCAGACGCCGGUGGACAUCCUCAAACAGAAAGCUCACCAGUUGGCACAGAUGCAUGCUCAGGCCAGUAGUGUGAUGCCUCCUCCCUUCCCAACCAUCAACAAUGAGGAAGAAGAGGAAGAAGAGUAUGAGGAUGAAUAUGACUAUGAGUACGAAUCACUAUCUGAUGCUGACGUCCCCACUUUAUCUCCUGCUUCUUAUGUCCCAGAAGAUAAUAUCCUGGAGGAUAGACCGGAGGGAAAGUCUUCAUCGGGGGAGAAGUUACAGACUGAACACAGUGACGAAGUCCCCAAGAAGAUGAAGAAAUGUGAGAGUGCUACUCACAACAAAGGGAAGGUAUUUGGCAAGGAGUUAGAGGAAGAAUUCAAGUUGCCUCGAAGCAAGAAGGAAGGACGACAGAUAGCCCAGGAGCUCUCAGAUCUGGUGAUCUACUGUCAAGCUGUCAAAUUCCCAGGUCUAUCCACCCCUACUCCAUCUGAUACUCCCAGGGAGAGAAAAGAGAGAAAAGAAGUUCUUUCUUCUAGAGGAAAGGGCAGGAGGUCCAUCUUUGGGAAUCACCCAGGGAAAGGUUUUCCAGGGGACCCAUCGACAGUGAUGCGCACCCCAGGGCGAGGAGCAGCAUCAGAGGGCCCCCGUCCCAACUGGGAAGAAUCACCCACCUCCCCUCCCUACACCUGUAACGCCUCCCUCAGCUCCCUCAUCCGCACCCCAAAAUGCUAUCACGUCUCCUCAGUCAAUGAGAACGCUGCCAAGCGCCUGUGUCGCCGCUACUCCCGGAAGCUGAUCCAACACACCAGCGCCCAGCUCCUGCGAACUUACCCGGCAGCCACCCGUAUUGACUCCACCAACCCCAGUCCCCUACUCUUCUGGCUGCAUGGAAUACAGCUGGUCGCUCUCAACUACCAGACCGAUGACCUGCCCCUGCAGCUGAACGCGGCCAUGUUUGAGCCUAACGGGGGUUGUGGGUAUGUACUGAAGCCCCCGGUCCUGUGGGAUGCCAGCUGCCCACUCUACAGACACUUCUGCCCCCUUGACAGAGACCCAGAGGGCAUGAGCCCCGCCUUGUUCACUCUCACUAUCAUCUCUGGUCAGAACGUAUGCCCAGGGACCACAGCAGGCAAUCCCUACAUCGAGGUAGACAUCAUGGGCAUGCAGGCAGACGGGUGCCACUUCCGCACCAAACCCAUCCACCGUAACCCCCUGAACCCCAUAUGGAACCAGAGCUUUCACUUCCCCCUACUCAUGGCUGACCUGGCCUUCCUACGGUUUACUGUGGUGGAACACAACAGCUCCCAGACCACGGCUCAUAGGAUCAUACCACUCAGAGCACUCAGGACAGCUAUCCUUCCAAGAACAAGCUACUACUACUACUCAACUGUCAUUCAACCAAUCGAUAGAAAAAGAGCAGACUCUCUGAGCUAUCCAUCCGUACCGGCACCCAAAACGAGUAGAGCUUUCAAUUUCAAUUCACUUGAAGCAGUGACCCUCUCAAUACCGGGAAGCAGGAUCGAACAUGAUGGCUACAUCUACAAAAUGGAACAAAAGCCUGCAAAAAAACAUUUAUACUGCAUGUGCAUCAAAUCAUUCUCACAAGUGCCGAGGUCCCAUGGUCUUCACUGACUGGGGGACCAAUAUAUCCAACGUGUCAGGAGUACACAACUAUGACCCGGAUGGAAUGGUGACAGGUCAACAGGUGUGGAACAUGACAGAAAAUGGGAGUUGAAUAACCCGAAGAAGAAUCUGGAGACCGAGGAAAGCAGACACCGUGUUUUGGAGUCAUCAGUUGUCAGAGACUGUCAGAAACAACCCUGUACACAACGUAAAAAAGUGUGUAGACCUACAGAAUCACCGACAAAAGAAGAAGCAGGCGCCGCCGGUACUGGCUGAAACCAUCCCCGAGAGCCAUGGCAUGGCAGCAGGUAAAGAUAGAACUCUUCCCAACCCUGUCAUCCUUGAGGCAGGAGCCACAGAUGAGGGAGACCCGAUGCCGUCUGAGCCUACAACCCUCUCCGAUUCCGAUCUACCUGCAACCCUCUCCAACCUGGUCAAUCAUACCUGAGAUCUAUCAUAGCACCACGCGUGAACAAGGCCGUGAACCCCAUUUCUUCCAGCGCGACAGUGGACCAGGACAGAUUUCUUAUCUUCACAACGAAACCCAACUUAGAAUACUGUCGGGCAUGCAAGCAUGUGUUUGCAGAUGGAUCAUUCAAGAAGAUCCCAUCUUUAUGCCAGGAGGUGCAAACCAUUCACAGGAUGCACCCCACCUACUUGAUGGAGUCAAUUGUUUAUGCAGCAGCCUAUAUUGUUAUGACAGAUAAGUCUGACGUAUGUACCGACAAUUGAUAUAGCCUAAUUAUAAAUGUUUUUUUAUACAUUAUAUUGUAGGCCUGUUUAAAUGUGUUUUAUUGUUGUAGGUCUAUAUUCAGAUUUGUGCUGCCAUAGGCCUACACGUGAAAUAAAACUAGGACAAAAUUUAAAUGAUUGCUUUAGUCUAAUGUGUCCAUUUACAAAAUAGGGCAAAACACCUUGAAUUGAACAUGCCAUCUAAUAUUAUAUUUAUAUUUUUUAGCAAACAUGUCGUUGCAACACAUAUACUUGUGCGUUCCAAGUGCUGAAGAGCCUGUGACCCACCACGUCAAGAUGUUCUACACACUCACAUUUGUUCUGCCGGCUGACGUGGUGAAGUGUUUCAAGGAGCUGAAGAGCCUGCGACCCACCACGUCAAGAUGUUCUACACACUCGCAUUUGUUCUGCCGGCUGACGCGGUGAAGUGUUUCAAGGAGCUGAAGAGCCUGCGACCCACCACGUCAAGAUGUUCUACACACUCGCAUUUGUUCUGCCGGCUGACGCGGUGAAGUGUUUCAAGGAGCUGAAGGAAAUGGCAUUCUUUUAGGUACCGGAGCUGUCCACCUUUCUGGAGAACUUUGAGAAGACGUGGAUUGGCAGAGGAGAGAAAGCCCCGGAAUAUAACAUGGGUAUGAUGUUAAAAAUAGUAGCCUAGGCAUAUUAGGCUAAGAUUAUAUAUUUUUAUGUUGUUUUUGUGUUAUUAAUUAUUAGGCCAUAGCAUUGAUGACAAUGGGACAAAUAAUAAAAUGUCUAACAAGUUGAUAUAUUUUUAUUCUAGAUUUGUGUAACUACCACGAUGUUGUCCUACAAGACAUCUGGAAGACCAACAGCAUAGUGAAGGCCUGGUAUCGGUCACUUGGGUUAUUUUUUGAGAAGACCAGACAACCCACGAUCUGGGAGUUGAUUAACAACUUGUGACUCCUUGUGACGACUACUCAUUACCAAACUGUGGCCUAAAUGUUCUUACCCCUGCGUCUAUUUGUGUUUUUAAUGCAGGCACUUCUUUUUUUGCUAUUUUCCAUUUUCGAUGCAAACUUUUUUGUUAAACCAGGCUUUUUGUAAAUAAACGUUUCAUUGUAAAUCAUCGGCUUGCUUCAUUCAUUCUUGAGGGAUGCACAAAACGAAUUUGGAGACUGCUGUGCUUUCCAGUUCAGGAACAUUUGGGACUCCAGUCCUGUCUCAUUGGUUCUCACAUUACUCUGAGACCAGACAUGAAGUCUCUCUGUCACAUCAAGUCUAUGCUUGGCAGCUUUGGCUCAGCUAACGGAUUCUCUGAAUAUUUUCCCCCCUAUCCAAUAAAACGGUCUGUGUUUAAAUAAUUCCUAUACUUGACAGAAAAAAUGAAAAUAAAGAACUUUUCAAAUUUGAUUAGCUAAUUGGAUUCACACAGAACUGUAGAAAUGCUAUGCCCAUAUAAAGUUUGUUUUAAAAGAGAGCAGGGUAUAUAAAAAAAAAUUAACUUGAAGGGAGAAAAAGCUACAAUGCUGUCAAAUGAGAGCAUUAUAUUCCCAAUACUAACAGUGGCAAUUAUUUCCAAAACGUGU